AUGUCGACCCAGUCUCCGAUCACUCCCUCAAUCCGUUUCAACUACACAAUCAGCGUCCGCCAGCAGCCCAUUGCCGCCCGCUCCUGCGGCUUUGGUGAACGGGACAGGCGCGUGAUCGACCCGCCGCCAAUUGUCGAGCUCAAGAUUGAGGACCCUGCCGCCACUCCCGAGGACAUCCGUAGAGGCCUCGAAGUUCCAUUCUCGGUAGUACAUUGCACAAUCUGGAAUGAAGCGGGCAACGAGGACAUAAGCUUUAUGCCCGAGGAGUAUCGACAGCAGCGGCGACUCAUGGGCACGACAGUGGCAUCACCGUUCAAUGGGCGUGACGAGCACGGACGGGAGGGCUGCUUCUUCUGUUUCCCGGACUUGUCGGUGCGGACAGCUGGCACGUUCCGCCUCAGAUUCGUCAUGGUCAUGGUUGACCCCAUGGCUAACUACAUUGGUGCCCGCCAUCCGGUCCGAGCCCAGACUAUGAGUGAUGUCUUUACUGUGUACAGCGCCAAAGACUUUCCUGGCAUGCAGGCCAGCACACCAUUGACAAAGAAGCUAAAGGAACAGGGGUGCCUCAUCUCUAUCAAAAAGGGCAACGAAAGAGGCGGACGUGGCAGAGACGAUAGCGACGGUGACGAUGAUGACGACGACAAUGCCAGUGGUUCGGCAAGCACAAGGCGUAAAAAGCAGCGGAAAUAA